UUGACGAGGUCAACAGGAAGUGGCGUGUCUUAUUUUGUAGGAUUUGACGGUGUGGCGUCCGGAGGAGACUGAAGAGCAUCAGUCCAGCAGCAGCUGGACCGACACAUCUGGACCCGGACGACCCGGAACAGAGACAGACAGGCCGGGCUCGAUGGGGGACCGCAGCUUGUCUGAGGAGACCCGGGUCAUCUACCACCUGGAGGACCAGGAGACCCCCUACCUGAUCCGGAUCAACGUGCCCGCGCAGCGCGUCACCCUGCAGGACUUCAAACAGGUCCUGAACAAACCGAACCUCAAAUUCUUCUUCAAGUCCGUGGACGACGACUUCGGGGUGGUCAAAGAAGAGAUCAGUGAUGAUGAUGCCAGACUGCCCUGUGUGAACGGACGAGUCGUCUGCUGGCUGGUCUCAUCAGACUCUUGUCAGCCAGAUUUUAAGGGGUCGGAUAUUCAGUCUGUAGCCACGCCCACCAGCCUGGCCCCGCCCCCCAUCGAGCGGACCGGUGGGAUCGGAGACUCCAGACCGCCGUCCUUCCACGCUGCUGCUGUCAGCUGUCAGGACGAGCUGCAGGGGUCAGAGGUCGAAGUUUCACCCCGACAGAGAAGAGAAGAAGAAACGCUGCAGAGGAGAGAAGUGAGGGACCGAGGCGGCCUGAAUGGACACGCCCACCAACCUGCAGAUCAGAGUGGGGCGGGACCAACAGGUGGCGACAGCUCGUCAAACCAACAGAGCAGCGAAUUGGAGACGACGAGCUUCUGCUCCUCUGAGGAAGACUCAGGAGGAAGGUUCAGCCAAUCGACGGAGCAGAGCAGCUCCUCGCCACGACUCGUCAGGCGACAACGCCGCCGCCACCGGAAACCCAAAACACAGCGGAUGGAGAGGUCGGUGUCUUUCAGCAGUGUCACUGACUCCACCAUGUCGCUCAACAUCAUCACAGUAACUCUGAACCUGGAGAGGUAUAACUUCCUGGGCAUCAGUAUUGUGGGUCAGAGUAAUGACAGAGGAGACGGAGGGAUUUAUAUCGGCUCCAUCAUGAAGGGCGGAGCGGUGGCAGCAGACGGACGCAUCGAGCCCGGAGACAUGUUACUGCAGGUGAAUGACAUCAACUUUGAGAACAUGAGCAACGACGACGCAGUGCGAGUCCUGAGAGAGAUCGUCCACAAACCAGGUCCGGUGACGUUAACGGUGGCGAAGUGUUGGGAUCCGAACCCACGAGGCUGCUUCACACUGCCAAGAAGUGAGCCGGUCCGUCCCAUCGACCCCGCUGCCUGGGUGUCUCACACUGCCGCCAUGACGGGGAGGCUCCUCCCACACUACGGUGUCCAUGAAGACAACCAGCUCACCAUCCACAGUGACAUGACAGCCAUAGUCAAGGCGAUUGCCAAUCCCGAGUCGGGCCUAGAGGUCCGGGACCGGAUGUGGCUGAAGAUCACCAUCCCCAACGCCUUCAUCGGUUCAGACGUGGUGGACUGGCUGCACAGAAACGUGGAAGGUUUCAAUGACCGCCGAGAAGCUCGGAAGUACGCCGGAAACCUGCUGAAGGCCGGCUACAUCCGACACACCGUCAGCAAGGUCACCUUCUCUGAGCAGUGCUACUACGUGUUCGGAGACCUCUGCGGAGAUCUGGGCGUGAUGUCUCUGCUGGAUCAUGACGGAGCCUCCAGUCGAGGAGGAACAUCAGAACAUGACCCGCUGGCUCCGGCUUCAGGCCCCUUGUGGCCCCCAGCCUUCCCCUACCAGUACCCCAUCCCUCACCCCUACAGCUCGCCUCACCCCCUCCCCCAGCUGCCAGCCUGGGGGGGAGGAGGAGGAGGAGGAGGAGGAGGAGGGAGUCAGCACAGUGAAGGAAGUCGCAGCAGUGGAUCAAACUGUAGUGAUGAUCAGAAGGAGGGAGGAGGAGAACGCAGCCAAUCAGAGCCAACCAAACUGGAAGUAAAUGCUCCUUCCGGCGACGACACCACCGGACGACCGCCGUCCUCCUCCUCUGGUCUCCAUGGUAACAAAGACUCCCCCUCGCCACCUCCGGGUCAGGGUCGCGACCUUUCUUCUGUCCCGCCUGAAGUCUCCGCCUCCCGACAGUCCUUCCGCCUGGCCAUGGGAAACCCCGGCGACUUCUUUGUCGAUGUCAUGUGACCGACGUGUUGAUGAUGUCAUGUCCGGUGAUGUCACAGUGGGGGUGUGGAUAUUUAAAAAGUUGUAUUUGUACUUUGGAAAAAGCAGAAAUUUGUACCGUUCUCUGACAGAAGAAUCAUAUUUAAGGAAAGUGAAGUGAAUGGAGAGAAUAAGAGAAGAAAACCUGUUUGAACUCAUCUUCAUAUGAAAACAGACGAGGAGGAUUCGUUCUUUAUUGGUUGUUUUUGGGGGUUAAAAUAAGACCAGUUUGGUCAGUUCUGUCCUGUUUCAGCUGAAAAACACCCAGAAGAUCAUUUAACAACAGUUAUAUCUGUUUUCAAAGACUCUUUGAACCAUCAGGAUCAGAAAUAUUCUGUCUGCUGCACCAUGGAAAAGUUUUUUAACCCUUUUUAUAAACUGUUACUCAGUUCUCAGACCAAAAAUGGCAGCUGGAAAUGACAAAUAUUCAAUUAGCACGACACAAAAUAUAAAAUAAUGGUAACCCGAUAUAUACCGCAGGUAUUUUCCACCUCAGUGUGUCUUUCCAGGUCUUCACUGUGUAAAAAGUAGUAUAAAGAGUGAGCUGAUGAUGUCACUGAUGAUGUCACUUGAGUCAGAGUCAGUUGGGACGUUUGAGCGUUUAAAAAGUAAUGUUAGCAUAACUGCUGGAGGCUAGCAGCUCCGCUACUAACAGAACACAGGCGACAUUAGUUAUUACUAAUGAAAACAUUAACGAUGUCUCUGUUCUGUUCAAGAGUCCCCGUAAACCACAUUAGUGAGAGAGUGAGCCAGAGUGAAACUUAAGGCCUUUACACACACACAGCGACGAGGAUCAACGUCACGAAAUUGCGAAAUAAUCGCCUGCGAAUAGUUCGCAUCAAAACUAUUCACACCGGCAGCGAUACGUAUUUGCGACGGCUCGUUCUGCCGUCAGUCGGUUUGUCCGGCGGCUGCUUCUGUGGACGGAGACGCUGAACGCAGGUCGGAGCCGUCGUGGAUCGAGCGGAUAUAACGCUCUCCUCUUCAUCAUCACUGAUGAUGAUCUCCGACCUGCGUUCAGCCGCCUGUCAGCUGCAGCUCCUGAGAAGACAAACUGCCUUCAGCAGGCUGACGGACAGCAGGAAGUUACUGAACCCAAACAUGGGAAGAAAUCCAGUGUUUGUAUGUAUAAAUACAUGGUGAUGAUGCUUAUGAUACAUGAUCCAUCAAUGUAUUGAUUCAUGUUCACAGUGAGUGAACCUACCUGUCUGCCUGCAGCUGAUCAAUCAAUAUUGAUACGGUCAAUAAGUUCAAACACACGCAGCAGGUUACUCAACGCCCCACGUGGGCCGUCGCAACAAACAGCCGUCUGUGCAGAUUACACUUCCUGAUUGGUUGAUGCUUUUAUUCGCUGUGUGAGAAGUCAGAAAAAUGUCCUCACGACACAAACAACAGUUUGAAAAAAUAUAUUGACGUGUGAAUCAGUCGCACGAAAAAAUGGCGUCUGCUGACUGUGUAAAGGCCUUUAAACAUCGUUCGUUUUAUUAUUUACACCCGUGAUUCUCCUCCUGUAACACAUCUCCCCACCCUCCCGUUGAUAGUCCAGUUGCAUCGUGGGUAAUGUAGGCGUCAGGUAUCUCUGGUUCUGCUGCAUUGAUUUAAUUUUUCUUUAAACUGUUCGUCACCGAGUCUGAUGAUGUCACAGGAGUGAAAAAAUGAAUCUGGAGGUUAAAAUCUCAAAAAUGAACUUGUGAAUUACGGUUUUAUUGACUGAAUAACUUGUUUCCAGUGUUUUAUUAUUUAUUUUAUUGGUCAGGAUCGUUAGCUCGAAGAGUUUUUACCUCUUUUUAUUGUGAUUGCAACUUUACUCCGUAUAAAGUUUUUUAUUUGUUUGUCAUUUUUUAGUCAGUUGUUUUUGCAAAUCAGCGGUUUAUAAAACGGUUCGGUCUUUCUUUAAUAAACAUGCUGAACGUCAUUUCCUGCUAUCAUCUUUGUUUGGAUUAAGAAACAGAAUCACAGCUUGCAAAUCUUUUUUAUCGUGCAGCAGAUGUAAUAUUUUAUAACGACAAAAAGAGACUUGAAUGAAAAGAGCUGAUCACAUGACCGGCGGUGGGUGGAGUCAAACACUGUUAAUGUAUUUUUUCCUCUUUUCAUCCAGACUUCUGUGUUAAAUCACUCUGUGCACAACCAACUUCUUCCUGUCCAGCACACAUUUAAUAAACUGUACACAUGUAGAAAAGAUGGAGAAUCAUAAACGUCUCCGUCUGUAUAAAGUUUGAUGAUAAACAACCAGAUUGUUGUUUUUAUUUAUGAACAUAGUUUUAUUUUGAUGUCUGUCUCGACUCUUUUUAAAAUGAGAAAAACACUCAAAUAAAAAUGUCUAAAAUACUCUUUUAUGUUGACUUUUCUUUUGUCACGUUUGCAAACAUAAAACAUUUAAAACUAUAAAGCUCGUUAGAUGAUCAUCAGAUGGAGGUCAGGAGUGUGUUUUAUAUAUAUAUAAUAUA